UAAUCAAGUGUUUAUAUCAGUAUGGACCUUUUAAAAUGUUUAAAUUGGAAUCUUAUAUUACACCUAUAUUGUUAAGUUAUGUGGACAAAUAUAUAAAAAAUUUUAGGCCUGAAGAUUCACAGGUUUCAUUAUGGGGUGGCGAAGUUUCAUUCCACAACCUAGAUCUCCGUCUAGAUGUUUUAGAAGAAGAAUUGCAGUCACUUCAGUUCAGUAUAGUCUCAGGUCAUAUUCAUGAAUUAUUAAUACGGGUUCCUUGGACAAAACUUGCAUCAGAACCAAUAACAGUCACAAUAAACACUAUAGAGUGCAUAAUCAAAUUAAAAGAUAACACCAGACAUGCAAUAACAGCUCGGAAAGUGGAAGUAGCAGUGGGAGUGGGAAAGUGCCAAAGAAAAGAGGAAGGCAGCGGCUAA